AUGUACAUUUCAUCACCCACACCCCUCACCCACACUCCAUCACACUCACCCCUCACCCACACUCCAUCACCCACACCCCUCACCCACACUCCAUCACCCACACCCCUCACCCACACUCCAUCACACUCACCCCUCACCCACACUCCAUCACACUCACCCCUCACCCACACUCCAUCACCCACACCCCUCACCCACACUCCAUCACCCACACCCCUCACCCACACUCCAUCACACUCACCCCUCACCCACACUCCAUCACACUCACCCCUCACCCACACUCCAUCACCCACACCCCUCACCCACACUCCAUCACACUCACCCCUCACCCACACUCCAUCACCCACACCCCUCACCCACACUCCAUCAUACUCACCCCUCACCCACACUCCAUCACCCACACCCCUCACCCACACUCCAUCACCCACACCCCUCACCCACACUCCAUCACCCACCCCCCUCACCCACACUCCAUCACCCACACCCUUCACCCACACUCCAUCACCCACACCCCACAAAUUCAUCACCCUCAUUCUCUCACCCACACGCGUAACAAAAUAA